UCCCAUAACUCUGGUAACAGUCAGAAAACUUUCCAGCUAAACUCCGGAUAAUACUUCAUACAACUUACAAUAUUCUAUACUGUGAUCAUCACAACAGCCAAGUUCUUCCCUCUGCUGUCUUCAGCACUAGUCUCUCUCAGAAAUACAGCUGAAGGUUGAGAUGGAUUUUCAUGAGCUAUAUAGCCACUAGAGAGAAAAUGAAAUCAGGCAGCUGGUGCAACCUAAAAGAAGAUAGUGAUCUCACACUUGGCUGGCAGCUUUUUAUCUUUCUCUUGACCGUUUAAAACUUCAGGCUUCCUGCCUUCCUGGUGUCAUGGAUAAAGUCCAAUACCUCACUCGCUCUGCUAUAAGAAGAGCUUCAACCAUUGACAUGCCUCAACACGCACGUCAAAAUCUCCAGAACCUAUUUGUCAAUUUCUGUCUCAUCUUAAUAUGUCUCUUGCUGAUUUGUAUCAUCGUGAUGCUUCUCUGAAGUUCUGCUGCUAUCUCCAGUGCUGCAACUUAUCACCAUCAGCUUAAAAUCUAUCAUCCCAUGAAGAAGGGAAAACAAUACUAUAUAAGAGACCACUUCCUAAGUAGAAGAAUUUCUUUGUGAAAAGGUCAAGAUUUGGAACAAAACAAAUUGUUAGCAAAUGUAUUCAUCUGCUGGAUGUUGUAAACAUAAAAAGGGCUUUAUUUUUAAAAAUUAACUUUAAAAUGACUAUAAUGUAAGUGUGCAUAAUAUAACUGCUAAUUUUCUCAAAAGAGCUUAUAAGUUUCUAUCCCAAAUCUUUCCUAAGGAUGAACUAGGGGUUUAGUUUUGAAACUGCACUGCUAACACGUUCACUUCAUAUAUAAAGCAUUAGCUUCACUCUUUGGGGGUAAAUAUAAUUUAUACUGUACUGUAAAAGCCUCUUUGAUGUUUAUUAAGUAUUUUUCAGGUCUUCAUCAAGUAUAUCAAAAUAAUUAUUCAAAUGAAAUGUCAUCAUUUGAAACAGCCCUCACAUCUGUUAUCUUUACUAUCAUCAUACAGAAGUCUUUGUAGUAAGUCUAUCAGAAUCAACAUCUAAAAUAGAAAUUAUGUUUUUUCUAUACUACCCUAAUAUUUUAAGUUUAUGAGAAUCAAGUUAAAAAAAGCAAGACCAUACCCUUACAUAAGUAAAAUUUAACUAAUUUCUUCAAAGAAUUACAGAAUUUUAGCACGUGUAGGUAAACUGUAAAUCUGUUCUCUCUAGGACUUUAUGAUCAGUAGACAAGAACUGUUGGUUAAUUUAACAUCUGACAUUGUGAUUAGCCAUAAAUACUAAUACACUAAUAGAACAGAAUCAACCUUAAUUUAAGGCACUAUAGCUAAUUAUCUGAGUUAGAGCACAUAACUGCCCACUAUAUCUCUGGAAUCAUGAAAUUUUAAGACAUUAGAAUGAUUUUACAGGUUGUCUUCUGUUCUAAUCUCACACUCAAUGUAGGCAAGGAAAAGAAUAAAAGAAAAAAUAUUAUUUCAAGCAUUAAAAAAUAAAAAUUUUAACUAUCUCUCCAAAAUUAACAAAUUCUUUGAUUAAAUUUUGAAAUGAACUUUUUAUCCCACUAUUGUUUAUGAUAGGGCUUAGCUAUUUUCCUUAAUCUAUCACCCAGAUGGUAAAUACAUAUUUGGUAGGCCACUCAACUACGCUAAAUUAUAGAUCCAGCAAUACUAAUCUAUAAUGAUUUUCUUGCUGAAUACAUUUCCAGUUUCCCCUCUAGUCAUUUCAAAGUAUCUUCCAACAACUCAUUAAACAAUAGAAGUAAAAAUUGGUUUGGAAAAUAUAUUCACCAAAAUUUGGUAAUUUAAAUUGACUCAGUUUAAAAUUAAGUCUAAAAUGGUUUACACCGAUAUUGCACAAUCCAAUAAUUUUAACUUAAAUUCAAGACAUACUACCGGUAUAGUAAUUAUUAAAGGAGUAGAAAAUAUGUAAUUUCCUAUAUGAUUUGCCAAAAUAUGGUUACUAAAAGAAUUGGAAAAGUCAGUAUUGACCUUGGUUUGUAACCCAAGUGCUACUAAGAAAAUAGUGAAGGAAAUAUUGCUUUUAAGUUUUUUCUGAAUCCCUGAGGGGUACUGGAGAUAGGAAGGGGGAUAAUUUUGGUUCACUGGUAUCUGAGAACAGAGGGA